CGCCGUCAUCACGCAUCGGCUUGCUUGCUGCUGAUACCUACUACCGCUGGAGAUAUAGACGCGCUAACUGUGCACUUAACCUAUCCACACGAACCUUACAUCAACGCUUGCUCUUACCCUCAUCAUGGACCCCGGAUCGUCCACAGCAUCUGCUGGCCCUGAGGUGCCUGCUCCAGUCCCUCCCUCUGGCUCCUCCGCGCCUGCGCCUCCCACCGCCAGCACCUCCGCCGACUACAAGGUCUACAAGCCGUCCGAUUGGUCCCAUCUGCAUCCGCCUCCCCCUCCACCGGACUCGUACUUCACCCCAAGUCCCGCGGAUAUCCAGAACGCACAGGCGACGCUCUCUGCGCGCACGCACGCGCUUACGGACCGGCCGCUCGAGCUGAAAGCGGUUCGCGAGGCAAGGGAGAAGGCGAAGCGGGAUCGGUGGCCAAAUACCACGAUCCGCAUCCGCUUCCCCGAUCGCACGCAGCUGGAGAAAAUCUUCCCGUCAACGAGCAGGAUCAAGGCGGUGUACGCAUUCGUGCGCGAGCGGCUGCGAGACGAUGUGAAGCCCAUCAAGUUCAUUCUAUACCAACCUCCACGACUCGAUCUGAAGAACUCCGACCCGAACGUGCGCGACAAGUCGUUGGCGGAGCUGCACCUUGCGCCGUCUAGUGUGCUAUUGUUACGAUUUGAGGACGUGUCGCUGAAUCACCCCACCUCCCCCGCCCCUCUUCUACCCGAAGUUCUUGCCCUCGCCGAAGACCUACCCCCGCCCGCCAACUACGAACAGCCUGAGCCUCCUGCACCCGCGCCGCAAGAGGGCGCGCCUGCUCCGCCACCGAAACCGAGCGCCAGUGGGGAGAAGAAGAUCCCGAAGUGGCUCGCGGCAGGGUUGAAGAAGAAGUAAUGAUUUGUAUUCGCUGUAAUCGUCACGAUCUGCAGUGACCGACCUUGCUGGAUCUAGAGACAACGCAAUCUGUACCAUAUCAAUGAUCAACGAGCAUGCUGUCGGAUGCAGGCGAGAGACCAAGUGCAGUUCGCGAGCGAGUGCAGACUGUGCGAAGUUUAUCGUGCGCUACUCGAGCCAUGACGUCGAUCCUGUCGACCUUCCCGGA